AUGACAAGUUUAUCAACAACUGGAUAUAUGAUACAGGGAACUCUUAAUCCUCAUACCGAUGAUAAGUUGGCAUUUUACAAAAACACAAAUUCAAUGAAAAAAGACAAAACUUAUAUUAACAAUAACAUGAUAAUCACAGAAUAUGCUAAAACAAUAAUAGUCACAUUAGAAAAAGGUACUGGUUAUACAACUUCAUGUGGAAUUGUCGGAAUUUAUCCAAAUACCAAUAAUCAGAACUCAAACGUAGCGUUUCACCUUCCAAAUAUAGCCCAUCAUUUAGAAUCAUCGAUCAGUUUAAAGUUUUCGCCCAAAAAAAUUACAAUUGAUCAGAUAAUGAGAAUGCCGCAAGCAGAUUACUUUGAUACUAAUGAGGAAUCUCAGCCUUCAUCUUCUGUCUUUGGUCCAGGUUACGGAACUCUCGUUCUUUUCGGAGAAGAAUCAUAUGAAUUCGAAAUUCCAAAGAAUUCAUAUAUAAUCUUUACAGAUGUUACCAGUAGUGUAUAUUGUAUCGUUACAAUUACGAAACCCAUUGAAAUUUUCCAAAAAACAAAAGUUCGAUCAAUAUUUUUCCAAGAAGCAGGAAAACUAACAAUCUGGACUGAUAUUCCUGAUUAUACAAUCAUAUCUUUUUCUGUUUACACCAACAAGAAGUUUGAAUCCUUCCAAUGCGAAGAAAUAAUUAUUCUUGGUGGCCAGGAGAACUAUACAAUAUAUGAUGCAUCGAAGCAAACAUGUAUAUAUGGAAUAAACACAGACGGAUACUUUUUCACAACUCUUGACACUUCAAAUUUCGAAGCAUAUUCAAUUUCAGGAUAUCCACUUGAACCGCAGAUAAUAUAUAGAGCUCCAGUAUUUAUAUACAACAAAGGUGCGAAUUCAUUUAUUCCCAAGGUUGUACAAACUCUUUCUUUCAUAAAUCAGAGAUCUUUUCUUUAUAAUCUGAAUUCCAACCCUGAUUCUGUUGUUACAAUCGAUGAUUCGGGUACUUUAUUGAUUAAUGGUUCUGAACACUCCAAUAAUAUUAAAAAUCCAUUUAAGAUUUACAGUCCAGAUACUUUACCUGAAGAAAAAUCAGAUUCAAUUGUUCCAGCAAUUGUUUGUUUAGUUAUAUAUAUUGUUAUCAUUGUUGUUCUUAUUAUAUUGUCAAUUUGCUGCAAGAGCCGCAUUUUGUACUAUCUUGAAUCGAAAGAUGAUGAUGAUGAAACAUCAAUUGAAACACAGCAAGUCAGUCAAGCAGACAAUACUAAACCAUCUGAACUAUACUUCAAUGAUGUCAUUAUACAAAUGAGUGAAUCAUCGGAAUUAUCAUCAGAAAGUGGAGAUAUUCCAAUUGAAAUUGAAGAAUUCCAUUAA